AUGGCACCUGUUGACCGUGACAUCAGUGGAAUCUUCUUUGCAUCUUCACGGUGUAAUGGGCAAGACCUUAAACAUAUAAGUCGAUUCUGCAUAGAACGAAAAGACCGCCGACCACUUGUUUUGGCGGCAUUCGAAAUAAGUCAGCGUACCAGGCAAAACCUCCGAAUCGUUUAUAAAUACUUUGAAAAUAUAGACACAUUUUUCUUCGGGAUUUCAACAUUUUUUUCAGUUGUUAUGGCUCUAUCGGUCCGGUGGACGUUAGUGGUGAUGUCGGCGACGGUGAUGGUGUCGGCGGACAGCGUGGGGCGGCAGGCGGCAGUGGAAAAACGGCAGGCGCCCAAUGAAGGUGACUUCACAGACAGGUCGUCGGACGGAUCGUACGCGUUCCGGUACGCUGACAGGAACCAGUUCCACUCGGCCGCCGCCAAUAAGGACAACGUCGUGUCCGGAAGGUUUGGCUCCAGGAGUCCCGAAACCGGUCGAAUCGUGCAAACGUCGUAUUCGUCCGGGCCCCGCGGCUUUCGCGCCCGCGGGCCGGACAUUGCCAGACAGACAGACCUGUCCCAAGUCCGUCUGCCCUACAACCCACCAGUGCCCACAGAUUCGUCCAAAUACGACCCGGCCUACGACCGAUACUACGACCCAAACGAAGACCCGAGCUACAAGUUCACCGUCCGGACGCCCACCCAAUCAAAAUCCGAAACCGCCGAUUCCAGGGGCCACGUCGAAGGCGUAUACUCGUACUUGGACGAUGUCGGCAAGAGACACGACGUUCAGUACGAGGCGGGCGCCGGUACUGGAUUUCACGUCAAGUCGCCCCACCCGGACUCGGACACGUACGGUGGUGUGUUCUACAACGGUCCUCCCGGCAAGCCCGGCGGCCGGCCUCGCGGCCACUCGUCCAUCGUGCUCGGCAAGGAUGGCUCGUACGGGUUCACUGCGUCCGGGCCGGACCAGCGGCGGUCCGAGGUGAGCGACUCCAACGGCCGAGUGCAGGGCUCGUACACUUAUGUGGACGACAAGGGCGUGCAGCGAACGGUGCAUUUGAUAUCGUCGUCGUCGUCCACGCCGCUGCCGCCGGUAGCGUUCGAGCAGCAGGACUUGUUCGGGCCUGCGGCCAGCACCUCCGCACCGCUCCCGGACCGCCGGCGGCCCGAGCCACCGGUCAAAGGCUUCGGCGGCAGUGGCGGCGGUGGAGGCCUGUCCGACGAAUUCCUGUCACCAGACAGCAAGCUGCCGCUGGGUUCGGCGUUCCCGGAGGACGAUCCCUCGUUGCCGCCCAAGAAGUGGCCCACCACGUACAAGAACAAGGACGAAGAAUCGUUCUUCCAGUCGUUCGAGAAGUUCGACAAGCGAAACCCGCCGAAGAAGGGCUACCACGCGGCGCCGGCGGACACGACGUCGUCCUACGGUCAGUCGACGACCGGCGCGUACGGCCUGCUGCAGCCGCAGUCGUCCACCGGCAGGCCGAUUGGGCCGCCGGACGCGGCGUACGGCCAACCGUCCCGGCCGAUAGUGGUGGACGACAAGUACGGGCAGUACGGCGGCACUGACUACCAGAAGCCCAAAGACGACGGCGUCCCGAACACUUUCGGCGGGUUCCCGACCGGCGCCGUGGUCAAGGCCCACGUCCAGAGUCUGGACAUACUGCCUUUCGGAUACAGGGUGCCUUCACCGUCGUAUGUUCUCGAAAAACAGUUCGGCAACGGCGAAGACUUUCAUAAUUCGAUCAAGAAAUAA